AUGUUUUCAGAUAAUCCGUGCUUACUAGAGCCAUGCGUGAAUGGUGAAUGUUAUUUAUUAAAUAACAUUGCAACCUGUGAUUGUACUGGAACUGGAUAUGGUGGUACUGCCUGUGAACAAGAUAUUGAGAAUCCAGUUCUAACAUGCCCAGGCAACUAUUCCGCCGACACACCACCGGGAGAAGCAACCAAAACUGUAGAAGAAUUCAACGUUACAGUUGAAGAUAAUUCUGGUGAAACUCCUGUAAUUACCUCCGAUUUUCCAGUUAAUGGUACAUUUGGUAUUGGUCUCACUGUGGUUACAUACCAAGCAACUGAUUCUUCCGGUAACGGAGGAAUGUGUACUGUUACAGUCACUAUAUACGACAUGGAAAAUCCAAACAUAACCUGUCCAACAAGUGAAACGGUAAUGACUGAUGACGGUCUACCAACUGCAGUGUACAAUUACACAGUGGUCGUUUUAGACAACUCAGAUGAGGACAUAUCACCUGUAUGUUCCAUGCAAUCUGGUUUUCCUUUUCCAAUUGGUGAAACAAUAGUGGAGUGUAAUGCAACAGAUUCAUCUAACAAUUUUGCUUCAUGCAGUUUCAUGGUCGAUGUUGAAGACCAGGAACCUCCAGUCAUCAAUUGUCCUAGUAACAUUUUCAUGCAGAGUGCUGUUGGAGUUUCCAGCUUACUUGUAAUCUGGGACCAAGUGAACGCAACUGAUAAUUCACAAAAUCCGCCUACGAUUACAUCCAACUACAACAGCAACGAUUCCUUUCCUCUCGGUAUAACAGAAGUAAACUUUAAUGCAACUGACGGUUCUGGGAAUUUAGCAAAUUGCUCAUUUACUGUUACAAUUGAAGCGUAUAGAACAUUCUUGAUUGUGAUAGAAUUCAAUGCAGUAGACGGUGUACCAUACAGUUUCACUGAAGCACUUUUAAAUUCCUCAUCAACCCAAUAUAUCGAGCUAGUUUCAAAAUUGUGUGAAUCGGUGAGCAACAUUUCCACUUUGUGUGAAGUAAAAUCUUUCACUAAUGGCUCUGUCAUCGCUAGAUUUGAGUUACGUUUUUCUCAAGGCACCAUCUACACAGUUGAUACUCUUGAAGCUGAAGUAAAUUCUUCAACAUCCCAAGUGUUUCAUGUACUUGACAUAAACGUAGUAGAUUGUGAGCCUCCCGUGCUUGAAUGUCCAUCAAACCAAAAUGUAAAUGGUGAUUCUGACUGUAUGGCAACUGCAUUGUGGGCUGAACCCAAUGUCACAGACAACUCAGGAGAGAGUUUUUCAGCUGUAUGUGAUUACAUGAGUGGAGACACUUUCUUUGAACUCAACACUACUGUCACUUGUAAUGCUACCGAUGAUUAUGACAACACUGGGUACUGUAUAUUCAACAUUUUCAUUAUUGGAGAUGAAUUUGAAAUUGGUGAAAAUGUAGUCACAUAUACAGGAACAGACUGUAAUGAAAACAGUGGAUCAUGUAAUUUUACUAUUGUGGUGCUGGAUUGUGAAGCUCCUGUGUUGAACUGUUCUCAAGACCUGACGUUUUAUGCUGAUGAUGAUUGCCAAUCCUAUGUUAAUUGGACUGACGUAACAGCAUCUGAUAAUUAUGACAGUGAGGUAAAUGUUUUCUGUAACCCAACUGAAGGUAUAUUUGAUAUGGACAACUACACUGUAACCUGUAAUGCAACAGAUAUGGCUGGCAACACUGGCAAUUGUUCCUUUGACUUCUACAUUUUCGAUGCUAUUUCACCUAACGUGACAUGUCCAGACGAUAUUACAGUUGAUACUGAUGUAGGUGUUAAUACAGCAAACGUUAUCUGCAUUUGCUACUGA